UCGACCUAAAGUGGCAAUUAACAAGAAAACUGGUGUCUGCGGCAAUGGAAUUAAAUGAUUACAAUGGUUUCGAGGACCAUUGUAAAUCCAAUGAAAUGGAGCUCCUUAAACGCAAAUAUGUGCACAAGGAGGUACACAAUAACAUGGAUGCCAUCGAUCACAUAAUGCAGCGUAAAGAUCAGGAGUUUAUGGAUCAUGCUGCCCUCUUACCUCCCGAUCAUUUUAUUAUGGAUUUAAUAAAUUUCCCCAAAGGAGUGGUGUCGAAUGGAUCGCAUAAUGGUGCAGAUACUUUGCCGCCAGAAUUACAUUUUCACAAUGCCCAUUUGUUUCCCGUUACCACAGAUGAUCAUCACCAGCACCAUCAUUCCAAUGAACAACGUAAAUCACCCACAUAUCUGCCUUUAAAUAAUGACUUCCUAAUGCCCGUGAAUAAAUCCUAUACGACGGCAGAUGGUGUGGGCAGUGUGGAAGUCGGAGGUGACAAAGUUGUGCAAGAAUUACUGUUAAAUGGCAGUGGUGUAACUAUGGAUGAUGGUUCCAUUGUCGAUGAUGACUGUGACAUAUCACGUUUUGAUUCACGCAAGGUGUUGCCACACAAAAAACGCAUAUCCCGCAAGCUAAAAAUCAAUCACAACGAUGUUGAUGAUCUACAAUUAAAUGUUCCUCUGGAGGAGCAUAAAUUACCUCAACUGGUUGUUGGCGUUGGAGGACAACAAUUCCGUUGUGAGCUGUGCGGUCAUGUGACAUGUUCACAAUUGGAAUUCUUUGCUCAUCUCAAACAACAUUAUGAACCAUCAACACCCGAUAAUAUAUUGGUAGCUAUGAAAACAUCUCUCGACGCCUUAGGCCCGGAAAAAAGUGAGGCAGCUGCGAAUCUUUGUACUAUAGAUAAAAAGACUGAUGGACUUGAUCAAGUCUUCCAAGAUGUACAUUUUCCCUUUGAAAAUUUCUCACAAGCGGCGGACAAUGUGGUGCAUACAGAUCGUAGAGUGGUGGUUGAUAUGGGUAUGCAGGCGCAUGUGGAACGUGUCGUCGAUAUGAAAGUUGUCUACAAUAAUACAUAUGACAAUGCAAAUAAUACCCUGCAACAGCCGCAACAACAACACCACCAUCAUCAGUCCCACAUACAACAAGUUCAACAACCUCAAACACAUCAGCCUUCACAAAAUUUAGUGCCUGAAGAAUUCAGUGAUACAGAAGAUAUGCUGGAAGGUAUACGGGAUAAGGUACUAAUUGAGGAUACCUGUGAUGCAAUGGACCUAAUGACACCCACUUCAAAUGGUGUGAGGCCACAUUGGUUUAAUAACAAUUGUUUCAAUGGCAUGGAUACAAAAGGCAAGCCAUUUUGUGAUGUUUUGUUUUCGGGUCAAUUUGCGCCCAUGUUAAAUACCGAACCAACAACUGUGCCACAAGAUAAUCAUCAUAUGACAGUGGUGGGGAAAUUAAUGCCAAAAGAUUUAAUGCACCCAUCCGGGCAGGUUUUACAUCAUCCAACUGAUCUACGAUUGCAAUUUCCCGAAACCAAUGAUGGCAUGAACAAUAGCAAUGAAACGCAAACCGUACCUCAGACAUCGAUUGUAUCAGCAGCUCAGCCUUCGAUAGUCUCUGCACCACCCCAACAACAGCCAAUAACAUUACCACCACAGCAACCUCAUAUUCCUCAACCUCAGCCAACACUUAGCAAUAAUAUUGACCUGAUACAACCUCAGCAUAUAAAAAUUGAAAAUAAUAACGACAUUCCUGCCUAUCAAGGGGACUCCAAUCAUCUAGUGGCCCACAAUGAAAUCACUUUCGCCCAAUUCGAAUAA